AUGAGGGUACUGGCUUGGAAUUGUCGCGGGCUCGGGAAUGCCGUGGCAGUUCGACAGCUGACGGCGAUCUUACGCCGGUCAAAUCCCGAAGUUAUAAUCUUAUCUGAAACACGGUUGGCAGAGGACAAGUUUGUUACUCUUAUGCAUAAGCUACACUUUAUUAACCUUACCUAUGUUCCGCCUGUUGGUCAUUCGGGGGGGUUCGGUAUUGGGUGGAAGAUGGGGGUGUCAUGUACAAUCCAUGAGCAAGAUAAAAAUUGGAUUUCUGGUACGAUUGAAUCCGAUCCUCCUGGAACAAAGUGGAACCUGCUGGGUAUCUACGGUCCACCAACUCUGAAUGGAAAGGAAGCUUUUUGGACUCGAGUUGCAGAGUUUUGUGUUAGAUGUCAAUCCCCCACCUUACUCUUAGGGGAUUUAAAUGGUACUCUAGCAGAUAAUGAAAGCAUCAAUUAUACCAAUCAUGGUAAUUCUGCUAGAUACUCUUUUGAUCUUAGAAGAAUGGUGGCGCGAACCGGACUUGUUGACUUGGGCUGUAUGAAUGGAAAGUUCACUUGGUUUCAGAGAUGUGCGGGCUCAAUCGGUGGAACUUCGGUAAAGCGAGCGAGGCUGGACAGGGCUCUUGCAUCUGUGGAUUGGAGACUGCUCUUCCCAAACGCAGUGGUUGAGUGCAUGACGGUGAGCACCUCCGACCACAAACCGAUUCUCCUUAAUACGGAUGGGGGUGCGCGAUGUACGAAAGCUCAGUUUAAAUAUGAAUUGAUGUGGGGACGGGAUCCAAGGUGUUAUUGGGUGGUUCGUAAUGCUUGGAGGAACCAACUUCAUCUCAAUCCAAUGAUAAAUAUGUAUCGAAAACUGAAGAAAACCAAGGAGUAUCUGCAACGAUGGAAUAAAACUCACUUCAGGAAAAUUCAGCAGCAAGUAAUGGAGGCGCGAUCCGAUGUUGAAAAAGCUGAGUCUCCAGAUCAAGUGGUGGCGGAUUCCCUUGAGAAGGCAAGAUCUAAGCUGAAUGAGGCUUUGCGAAGAGAGGAAAUUUUUUGGAGACAGAAAUCUAGAGUUGCGUGGCUUAAGGAGGGAGAUCAAUGUACAAAGUUCUUCAUGGCUUCAACUGUGAUCAGACGAAGGAAGAACUUUAUCCAAACAAUAAAGAUGGAGAACGGAGAAUGGGUGAGUAAUCUCAAAUCGAUUACUGAUCUAUUCAUUACCAAGUUUAAUUCUACUUUCUCAAAGAAUUCUGCCUUAUGUGCUCCUGCAAAUGACUCUCUGAUUAACCCCGUAAUUAAGGAUUGUGAUAAUUUGGCUCUUAUCUCCAUCCCUACUGAUCUGGAAAUUGAGACUUGUAUUAAAAGUAUGGGGCAUGACAAAGCCCCUGGCCCCGAUGGCAUGUCAACGGGCUUUUAUUUACAUCACUGGGAUGUGAUUAAAACUGAUCUCCUCGCCAUGGUUUCCCAUUUUUUCCGAAAUUUGGAUCUCCCUCCGUGCAUAAACAACACAAAUAUUGUCCUCAUCCCGAAGAAAGAUUGUCCCGUGGGAGUAAAUGACUUUAGACCUAUUGCCCUAUGUAAUGUUAAUUAUAAGUGCAUAUCCAAAAUCCUGGCUCUUAGAUUGAAGCCCCUACUGCCUACAAUUAUCUCCCCUGCUCAGACAGCGUUCGUUCAUGGAAGACUUAUUGCGGAGAAUACUGCGGUGGCCCGAGAGAUUGUGCAUUCUAUGAUGAAGAAGAAAGGGAAGAAGGGGUUCAUGAUGAUUAAACUGGACAUGGAAAAAGCUUAUGAUAAAAUGGAUUGGGGAUUUAUUUUGAAUACCUUGCAAGGUUUGGGAUUCCAUCCAACUUUCACAAAGUGGGUGGAGAAAUGCAUCACUAUCCAAAGGAUGGGCCUUCUCAUAAAUGGAUCGGUUCAAGGAACAAUCUCUCCCUCUUGUGGUCUUCGUCAGGGUGAUCCGCUAUCGCCCGCCCUCUUUAUCAUUGCGGCGGAUGUGCUUUCAAGGCUUAUCAUGAAAAGGACUGAGGCAGGGAUCAUUCAGGGCUUUAAGAUUACCAGAGGAGGGCCGGCCGUAACCCAUCUCAUGUUCGCGGAUGACGUAAUUUUGUUCGGGAAAGCCUCCCUCAAAGAAGCAAAAGGAUUUCUAAAGUGUCUAGAGGAGUACUGUGCCUGCUCUGGCCAAGCUGUGAAUUAUCAUAAAUCAACGGUGCAUUUUACUUCAGGCGUUUCGUUGGCUCAGGCUAGAGAAAUCUCGGAGCUUCUUAACAUGAAGAGAAUGAAAAAAGAUGCGACUUACUUGGGACUGCCCUUGUUCCGAUCCCUAAACCGAUCAAAAGAUUUGCACUUUUUGGUGGAAAGGGUAAUGCAAAGAGUGAAGAGUUGGAAAACUCGUCUCUUGUCUAAAGCAGGAAGAGCUUGUCUUAUCCAAGCUGUUGGCUCCUCUCUUGCAACCUAUGUGGCUGCGACUGACCCGAUACCCCUAAAGAUUGCCCAUAGAGUUGACCGAAGUCUUAGGGACUUUUGGUGGGGCGACACGGAGGUCAAAAGAAAGAUGCACCUAAUUAAUUGGAGUACGCUGUGCCAAUCUAAACUCAGAGGUGGUCUUGGUUUUAGAAGCUUGGAAGUGGUGAAUAAAGCUUUCAUGACGAAGUGGGCUUGGAAGGCUCUCACUGAAAAGAAUAGUCUCUGGAGUUUGGUGAUUAAUGCGAAAUAUGUAAAGGGGAAAAACUUCUUGGACCUUGACAUCAAUAGCAGUGACUCGGGAAUGUGGAAAGCAGUUCUCCAAGCUCGACCAAUUCUUCAAAAAAGCAUCUGCAAAAAAAUUGGGAAUGGAAGAAGUACUUCAAUUUGGUUCGACCCCUGGGUGCCAGCCUCAAAUCGAACUCCCACUCCCCUCAAGGAUGUGUCCUUCGGUGUCUCUUGGGUAAAUCAGUUUCUGCUACCUAACAACCAAUGGAAUGUUGGAAUGGUGAGAGAGUGGUUCAACCAGGUGGAUGUGAAUGAAAUCCUAAACAUUGAUAUGUCGGAUGAAGGGGGUGAUGAUUCUUGGGUUUGGUUGGGUGAAAAAAAUGGGGCGUUUUCCAUUCGAUCAGCCUAUCGAUCAAUUAAGGGAGGUCUUCUAGAUAAUGUUGGGGCGGAACAUUGGAAAUGGAUUUGGAACUCCCCUCUCCAUUCAAGACUAAAACUUUUAUGGUGGCAACUCUACCGUGAUGCACUCCCUACCAAAGAUAAACUUGCUAGUGUUUUUGACGGAAUUUCUAACCUUUGCACCAUGUGCAAUGAUAGCCAUGAAUCUUCUCUUCAUCUUUUCUGGUCCUGCCCCUUUGCAAAAGCAAUUUGGUUCAAGCUAGUUUGGGGUAUUCGAACUGAGAUGGUGAGUAUUUCUACUUGGGCUCAAUGGAUGGAUUGGUUUAAAAUUGAUGUGAACCGACCUCCUAAUGUGACUUUUGAUGAGUUUAUGGUUCAUACUCUUUGUGUUGUUGAGGAAAUAUGGAAAGAGAGAAAUAGAAGGACAAUUGGGGAAAAGAAGGAGGACAUGAUGCGUAUCAUUGAUAUAAUCACCCUUAAGAUUAAAGACCAUGUCAUGGCCUCUUUGAAGACUCUUCCUGAUGUCCUCAGUUGGACCCCGCCACCUCCUAAGUGGAAAUGUUGCAAUUCUGAUGUUGCCAUUCUCAAUUCUGAAAGUGUGAUAUCUGCUGUGCUGCGAGAUGAAUGGGGUAAUGUUGUGGCGAUCAAAACAGCUGUGAUUCAGGUGACAAAUCCCAUGCUGGCUGAGGCACAUGCUGUGUGUUUAGCAGCAGAUCUGUCAAUCUCUCUCGGGGAGACCUGUGUUAUGUUUCAAAGUGACAAUCUCAAUGUAGUUCAAGAGUUUGCAGUCUCAACCUCUUCUGCUGCGAAUUUCAGGCUCCAGUGUGCAAAAGAAAGAUUCAUGGUUUUGUGUUCUAAGUUCAUCGAUUGGGGUAUCAUUCAUAUCUCAAGGAAAUGCAAUUUCAUGGCGCACAACGUUGCUAGAUGGGCGGCUAGACUUCAGAUGUUUGGAAACAUUUGCACUGAUAUGCUACCUUCGGCUGUGCUUGAUGAUUUUGUAGAAUGGGAUCCUGGCUCUGCUUCUCCUACCCUCACCCUUCUGAAUUAG